AUGACGAUCCCGCGCCUGGAGCUCCAAGCAGCUGUAUUAGGAACCAGGCUGAUGGACACCGUAAGACGAGAGCACGACGUAUCGAUCAGCAGAUGCGUGCUAUGGACUGACUCUAAGACCGUGCUGCACUGGAUAAGCAGCACCCACCGGCGGUAUAAGCAGUUCGUUGGAAACCGGGUGGCGGAGAUCUUAGAGUCAACGGAGGUGUCUCAAUGGAGGUGGAUACCGUCUGCCGAAAACGUGGCAGAUGACGCGACGAGGCCACAGCGCCAUGUGGACCUCAGCCAAGGGGCAAGGUGGAUGAGCGGGCCAUCAUUUCUGCGGGAGUCGGAAGAACAGUGGCCCAAGCCAUCUCCAAGUGAUCGCGACAGUCCACACUCCGCAGAAGAAGAGAUGCCGUGUGAGUUUACACUGGUAAUUGCCAACGAGUUUAUAUUUUUGCAGAGAUUUUCGAAUUAUAAUCGAUUGGUCAGGACCACAGCGUGGAUCCUCAGGUUCAUACGACGGUGCCGUGGAUUGAGUGACGAGAGUGAGGCCUACGGUAUUACAGCUACUGAGUGCGCGGAGGCAGAACGGAAACUGAUCCAGCGCGCCCAGGCUGAUACGUUCGCAGAUGAAGUUCAAGGAAAGGCAGUGGCGAAAGGCAGUCAGUUACGAGGACUAUCCCCUUACGUCGACCACGAUGGAAUCAUACGAGCGCGUGGACGGAUUGAUGCCGCCGAAUGCGUCCCAUUCAACGCACGGCGCCCGAUCAUACUGUCGCACAAACACGCACUGGCAGAGAUGAUAGUUCGUCACUACCACAGGAAGAUGAAGCACCAGAAUCUAGACGCGACCAUAAGCGAGAUCCGGACCAGGUUCUGGAUAACCAAUUUAAGGAGGGUUUUACGGAGUGUUAUGGCAACCUGUAACUUAUGCAAACUCCGGAGAGUACGACCAAUUCCGCCAUUGAUGGGUCCGUUGCCAGAGGACCGGCUGGAGCCGAAUGGAUGGCCAUUCAAGUAUACUGGCUUGGACUACUUUGGUCCGCUGUUUGUGACGAUUGGACGUCGCACUGAGAAGAGGUGGGUCGCACUCUUUACUUGCCUAACCACCAGGGCUGUCCACCUGGAGAUAGCCCACGAUUUGUCAACAGAUUCCUGCAUCAUCGCUAUGAGGAAUUUUAUGUGCCGCCGUGGACCGGUGGUCAGAUUGAGGAGCGACAAUGGAAAGAACUUUAUUGGAGCAGAUCGUGAGGCCAGAAAGUUCGAUGAAGUCUUCGAACCAGAAAAGAUCCAGGAUGAGCUGUCAUCCAAAGGAAUCGAAUGGAUCUUUAACUGUCCGCGAACCCAGCUGCCGGCGGCAUCUGGGAAAGGAUGGUCCAAUGUGUGA